AAUCAUGGAUCAAAUCAUGAGCUUAACAUAGUAGCUGGCCUCUUGAAGCGACUUGCUAGCUGCGAACCGGCCGGCCGGUGUACCCCAUCGCGCGUGCGCGGCCUAUAUAUAAGGCGGGCGCCGUGAUCAUCACGAUCAUACCCAAUUCCUCAUCGUUCUUCAAUCGCACACAUUCUUUGCUAAUUUUCAAGAAGUUUUUCGUGCAUAUAUGAUGACGACGAUGGACCGAAUGGGCGAGCAGCUGCAGAUGCCUCCGAUGACGAGCAGCAGCAGCAGCUCGUCGUCACAGCAGCAGCAGUACAGGGGCGUGCGGAAGCGGAAGUGGGGCAAGUGGGUGUCGGAGAUCCGGCAGCCGGGCACCAAGACGCGCAUCUGGCUGGGCAGCUUCGAGUCGGCCGAGAUGGCGGCGGUGGCGCACGACGUGGCCGCGCUGCGCCUGCGGGGCCGCGACGCGCAGCUCAACUUCCCGGCCUGCGUCGCCUGGCUGCCGCGCCCCGCCACCACGCGCCCGGGCGACGUGCGCGCCGCCGCCGCCGCGGCCGCCGACCGGGUGCGCUGCGACCCGGCGCUCCUGCUGCUGCAGCAGCAGGCGGCCGCGGCGCGGUGCCGCCACGACGAGCUCGACCUCGACCUCGUCGGGGCCGCCGGGCAGCUCCUCGGCGGGAGCGAUGAGGAGUUCGAGCUGGACCUCGACUCGCCCAGGCUGUGGGCCGAGAUGGCGGAGGCCAUGCUCCUGGACCCGCCGGGCUGGGCCACGGGCGUCGGCGACGCGGAGGUGGCCCAGUGCUGGUCGCACGGCUCCCUGUGGGACGCCUGCUAGGCUGCUAAGCUUCUGAAGCUACCUCUCCCUCACCCUCGGCCGGCUAGCUGCUCAUCAUCAAUUUGGCUUGGCUGCGAGUGUUUGGCCUUGGCCAUGGCCACUAGACGCUGCUAACCUCACAAGUGUCACAGUGCUUUUGGUGUGUGCCACUGCGAGAGCGUCUUGAUUGCUUAAUCCUCCUGUGUGUCUUCGCUUUCUGCUGCUGGGCUUGCCGUUUUGGUUGGUGCUAUUUAGCUGUGUAUUAGGCAAAUGAUGACAAUCACUGCGUUUGGCAGGCUGGAGCCGAAGGCUGGAGCUGAAAUGGUGUGAGAGAAAAAUACUGUUGGGCUGGCUGGAGUGGUGUGAGAGAAAAAUAUUAUUGGACUGGGGCUGGAGCUGGCUGCCGAACACAGUGAAUCUUGGUCAUUGGUCAAAGAUACCAAUUAUAUUUAUGGUUUGAUUUAUGUUCUUGCAUUUGUACUAGCUCUGCGUUGCCGAUCACAUUGGAGGUGACCAUGCAUGUAGUACUCGCCCCAAGUCGCAGAUGAGUGAUGCUACAUGUAUAGGCUGUUUACUAUCUUAUGAUGGUGUUUUUGUCAGUGUAUUAUGCUAAUAGAACUGAUAUCCAAAACGGCUCUUUUUCGA